UGUUAGACAAUAGAAUGACAUUUAGUGUAGCAAUUGUUUGCUUAGCAAAUGGUUUUCAAAUUAUAUUUGCAUAGAAUUUUGUUUUUAUUUUAAUUGCAUUGUAUUUGAAAUAAUUUUGUGUCUAAAUUAAUAAUUGUAUUGUUGAAAUACAAAGAUAAUAGGUAAAUAAGCCAUAAACUUUUAUAAUAUAAUACAAAAGUUUAUGAAAUAAACCAAAGGCAUGGUCCGUUAAAAGUGUAACAAAAAUGGAAAAUAACCAGAAAUCUAAAAAAGAAAACGUAGUGCCACAUAAGAUUAAUGAUAGUGAUGAUGUUUUGCUUGAGGUUGUAGAUUCAGAGGACGAAAUCCUUUCUGAUUCAAGUGAUAUAGUAAUUGUAGAAAAUACCAAGGCUACUAAUAAACAAUGUCAAGUGACCAAAAGUUUAGAAAAUUGCAAUUUAUCAACUAUAUUACCAAAACAGACAGCCAAUGGGGCUCCAAAACAUCCCAACAUAUUUGGUUCUACACCCAAUAAAAACAAUGCCAAUAGAAAAGAUAGUCUCAUAGUUAUUGAUGAUUCAAUAGACAAUAUCGUAUUGCCAAAUACUGAUUCAAAAAAGAGAAAGAAGCGAAUUCCCUCAUUUAUUGAUUUAUGUGAUAAUUCUGAUGCAGAAUCAGGCACACAUAAUAAAAAACCCAAACUUGAAGAUGUAAUAGUAAUUCAAGACUCACCAUGUGAUAAAAUAAAACCCAAUAUUAUAAAAACAAGAAAGAGUUUGCCAAGAAGAGCAAAAAAUAAAAUAUUUCAAGAAAGUCUGAGGAAGAAAUCUGUUCAACCUCAGACACAAAAUACUUGCAGUAUUGAAAGUACGCAAGUUCAAAGACCAAAUAUUAAUUCUGUAGAAAGUAUCCCUUCUUUAGGAGAUUCUAGCAGCAAUAUAGGGUAUAAUGUUUAUAAUCCUGUUGUAUUCAAACAUAAGACUGGUUUGAGGCCAAUAAUUGUAGAUGGAAGCAAUGUAGCUAUGCAACAUGGAAUAGCAAUAGGAACCAGAGAUUUUUCUGUAGAAGGAAUAGAGAUAUGUAUAGAUUAUUUUGAAAAGCGGGGACACAUGGUGAAAGUUUUCAUACCCCAUUUCAGGCUUGCAUCAAAUUUUUCAUCGAAUCCCAAAAGAUUGCAAGAAUUGGAAAAUCAAGGCAAAGUUAUUUGCACUCCUUCCAGAAAAAUUAGGGGAAAAACUGUAGCUAGUUAUGAUGACAGGUACAUCAUACAAACAGCCGCUGAAUUUGAAGGUGUUAUAGUUUCAAAUGAUAAUUAUCGAGACUUAUUAUAUGAGAAUCCUGCUUGGACAAAAACAAUUGAAGAAAGACUGUUGAUGUUUACAUGGGUACAAAAUUUUUUAAUGUUUCCAAUGGAUCCUUUAGGAAGGCAUGGUCCACGUUUAGAGGCGUUCUUACGAUUUUAAUAUUUUGUUUAACAUGAUUUUGCGUAUACAUUUUUGAUACUAAAUUUUUUAGUCAAUUGAAGAUUUUUAAAAUCUUAUAUAGAUCUGAAAAUAUUUAUAUAUAUGUAAUAAAAGCGUU